GAGUUUGACUCUCGUGAGCGCACAACAGAAGAAAGCGCACGCACAGGGAAGAAUAGUUUUGUGUUUUCUUUCUCUCUUGAGGGUAAAUGAUGUCUUUUAGAGCCCUACUUUUAUGUGUCGUGUUAUGGAGUUCAGACUGCAGCAGACAGGCUGAAAUGGUGGAUGAUAACACGGUUUAUGAUCUGUUCGAGCUCGCCAAUGUCCAUAAGAAGCAUCACGGAGUGAGUUUAGUAAAAGGACCCGACGCAAACAGCCCUGCGUACAAGAUCCUAAAUCCGAACCUGAUUCCCUCAGUGCCCGAGCUCUCCUUCAGGGACCUGCUGUUCUCCAUCCAGACGGAGCGAGGCUUCAUCUUCAGCGCUAACCUCAAGCAAGCCAAGCGCACCAGGGGAACUCUGAUCUCAGUGAAGAGGACGGACGGUUCCGGAUCACUCUUUGAAAUCAUCUCUAAUGGAAAAGCCAACACUUUAGAUGUGGUGUACGCAAGCGCGAGCGGACAGCAGGUGGUGUCGAUUGAAGAUGUCGAUGUGGCAAACGGACACUGGAAGAACAUCACGUUGUUUGUUCAAGAGGACCGAGCUCAGGUUCACGUGGGCUGCGAGGAGAUCAACAUCCAAGAGCUGGAUGUUCCGAUACAACAGAUUCUGACUCAGGAGGUCGCGGACAUCUCCAACCUGAGGAUCGGGAAUGGAGCGGCCAAAACUGAUCGAUUUAUGGGAGUUCUCCAGAACGUGAGAUUUGUGUUUGGCACGACGCUGGACGCGAUUUUACGCAAUAAAGGCUGUGAGAGCUCGAUCUUCAUCACCGAAGUCAUGACCUUACCUGUAAAUGGAUCCAGUCCGGCCAUUCGCACAGACUACACUGGACACAAGUCUAAAGAUUUACAGGACAUCUGUGGUUUCUCCUGCGAGGACCUGACCAGCAUGUUUAAGGAGCUCAAGGGACUCGGUGUGGUGGUGAAGCAGCUGUCAAAUGAACUCCGCCAAGUGACAGCAGAUAACAACUUAAUCAUGACCCAAAUUAAAAUCCACAGUGGAGUUUGUCUGCACAACGGCAUUGUUUACAGAGAUCAGGAUGAGUGGACUAUGGACAGCUGCACACACUGCACGUGUCAGAACUCUGCCACGGUUUGCCGUGAGAUAUCUUGCCCUCUGAUGCCUUGUGCCAACGCAACUGUCCCAGAUGGUGAAUGCUGCCCGCGCUGUGGAACACUGAACGAUGAUGCAGAUGACGGCUGGUCACCCUGGUCAGAAUGGACGCAUUGCUCGGUGACGUGCGGCAGGGGCGUUCAACAGCGCGGACGUUCUUGCGACCGCAUUAACAGUAAUUGCGACGGCACCUCGGUUCAGACCAGAGACUGUUUCAAGCAGGAGUGUGACAAACGCUUCAAACAGGAUGGAGGCUGGAGCCACUGGUCUCCUUGGUCGUCCUGUUCCGUAACGUGUGGAGACGGCGUCAUCACAAGGAUCCGCCUGUGCAACUCUCCUACGCCUCAGAUGGGUGGAAGAGACUGCCAGGGAGAAGGCCGGCAGACCGAGCCAUGCCAGAUGUAUCCAUGCCCAGUGAAUGGAGGUUGGGGACCUUGGUCACUCUGGGACUCUUGUUCUGUCACAUGCGGUGGAGGACUGCAGCGUAGACAUCGUCUCUGUAACAACCCUGCUCCAAAAUACCGUGGAAAUGACUGUCUGGGAGACUCCAAAGGAAGCCGUUUGUGCAAUUCCCAAUCAUGUCCUGUUGAUGGAUGUUUGUCCAACCCGUGCUUUGCUGCCACCAAUUGCACCAGCUUCCCCGAUGGCUCCUGGAAGUGUGGGGAUUGUCCAGUCGGAUACACCGGGGAUGGAGUCAACUGCCAAGACAUCGAUGAGUGCAAAGAGGUUCCAGAUGCCUGCUUUGUGCUCAAUGGAGUCCAUCGAUGUGAGAACACGGAACCAGGAUACAACUGCCUGCCCUGCCCACCACGCUAUUCCGGAAAGCAGCCAUUCGGAAGGGGAACGGAGCAGGCCAUUGCCCAUAAACAGGUCUGCACGCCGAGAAACCCAUGCGAGGAUGGAACACACACCUGCAAUAAGAAAGCUAACUGCAUCUAUCUGGGCAUCUUCUCCGACAUCCUGUAUCACUGUGAAUGUAAACCAGGCUAUGCUGGAAAUGGUCACAUCUGCGGAGAGGACACAGACCUGGAUGGCUGGCCGAACACUGAGCUCCCUUGUGUGGAAAACGCAACUUACCACUGCAAGAAGGACAACUGUCCUGAUCUUCCCAACUCUGGCCAAGAAGACUAUGACAAGGACGGAACUGGCGACGCUUGUGACCCUGAUGAUGAUAAUGAUGGGAUCUCUGAUGAAGGGGACAACUGCCCGUUAGUCUUUAACCCAAGACAGUACGACAACGAUCACGAUCAAGUUGGCGAUCGAUGCGAUAACUGCCCCCAUGACAGUAAUCCAGAACAGACAGACACAGACAACAACGGGGAGGGAGACGCUUGUGCCAUUGACAUUGAUGGCGAUGGUAUUCUGAAUGAGAAGGACAACUGCCCAUAUGUGUACAACACUGACCAGAGAGAUAGUGACUGGGACGGAGUUGGUGACCAUUGUGACAACUGUCCAUUGGAGCACAACCCUGACCAAGUUGAUUCGGACUCUGAUAACAUUGGUGACAAGUGUGACAGCAACCAGGACAUCGAUGACGACGGUCAUCAGAACAACCUGGACAACUGCCCCUACAUCUCCAAUGCCAACCAGGUCGACCACGAUAAAGACGGCAAAGGUGACGCUUGCGAUCACGACGAUGACAACGAUGGAAUACCUGACGACAAAGACAAUUGCCGACUUGUCAAAAACCCAGACCAGCUCGAUUCUGAUGGUGAUGGCCGAGGCGACGCUUGCAAGGGCGACUUCGACCAAGAUAAUGUGCUUGACAUUUACGACGUUUGCCCAGAGAACUAUGCCAUCAGUGAAACAGAUUUCCGCAGGUUCCAGAUGGUUCCUCUAGACCCCACUGGUACUUCGCAGAUCGAUCCCAACUGGGUCGUCCGUCACCAGGGCAAAGAACUUCUGCAGACAGUUAACUGCGAUCCAGGCAUUGCUGUUGGUUAUGAUGAGUUCAACGCUGUUGACUUCAGUGGCACGUUCUUCAUCAACACUGACCGCGAUGACGACUACGUCGGCUUUGUUUUCGGCUACCAAUCCAGUUCUCGGUUUUACGUGGUGAUGUGGAAACAGAUCACACAAACCUAUUGGUCCCAUACCCCCACCAAAGCACAGGGUUACUCCGGACUGUCCAUUAAAGUUGUGAACUCAACCACCGGACCGGGCGAGCAUCUCAGGAAUGCCUUGUGGCAUACUGGAAACACUCAGGGACAGGUGCGUACCCUGUGGCAUGACCCCAAGAACAUUGGCUGGAAGGAUUACACUGCCUACAGAUGGCAACUGAUCCAUAGACCCAAAUCUGGACUCAUUAGGGUUAUUAUGUAUGAAGGUAAUAAAGUCAUGGCCGAUUCAGGAAGCAUCUACGACAAAACGUAUGCGGGUGGAAGACUCGGCCUCUUUGUCUUCUCUCAAGAGGUGGUUUACUUCUCAGACCUCAAAUAUGAAUGCAGAGACGUAUAACAGUUUUCCUUGAAGAUCUGCUGGUUGUCAAUUAUCAUCUGUCUGUCUUAUAAAACUUCUGUGGUGGGACCAAGAACCAUACAUGGAGCUGGAAAACAUCUAAAUUUCUAAAUGAGAAUGACAGGAGCCUGGAGAUACAGUAUCUAAACACAAUCAUCUCACGCAUCUCCUCGGCUCUCAGUGAGAACAAAACAUCAUAUCAGGUUCUCAUGUCUUAUGAUUGGGUGGGUACAUUUUUUUGUUGAACGAAACCUCAGAUCUGCUGUGGACUAUGAAGGAAGGAGUGCUCGUGAACAGGAGCUUCUCCUUGAUUCGGGUGGGUGUCAUCCCCCGAGAGGAAAUGUUGAGGAGUGACGCACAGGGUGGACGUGUUUUUUUUUGUGAAUGUGUGGAUCUUUUUCUUUGAGACUUUGAGACCUGCAGGACUAAAGUAAAGUGUGACUUUUAUCAUCCGGCGUUGAUGUUGAUAUUUCUCAGGGCUAGAUGGACCUACAGUGCUAAGAGAUUUGAGGAUCGGAAGGAUAAAGAAGGUUGUGAUAUUAUAGAGAGAGAUUGGAUGAUAAAGAUACUUUCAAAACAAACAAAACUGGAACUGGAGUUUUCUUCGGUCUCAGCGGAUUAAUGAAAAUGAGCAACAAUACAUGAUGAUGAUGAUAACACAAAUAUUACCUCACCAUUGUACAAUUGACAUCGAUAACAAAAUAUAUAUUUUACCAUUGAUAGUUCAGUCCUGUUUAUUCUACUGUAAUGCAGUAAGAUUAUUCAAUCUGUGAAUAAUGCAAAACACAAUUUUUGAUGCUAUGCCCCAAUACAACACGAAUAGAAAGUUGUUUAUAGAAACGCGUGCCUAAUGAAUGAAUGAUUGAAUGAAUGAUGCCUUUAUAAAAUAAGUUAUUAUUAAAUUUGUUUUUAAUCUAUUUUAAAUGUCAUGUGUACAUAUAUGCUAUUUAAAUAAUUUAUAAGGAAACGUAACCUGACAUGGAAAGUGUUUGUAUAAACUGUUUGCACACUGAUAUGAGAAAGUGUUGGUCAUUUUUUGUUUUCUUUAUUGUUCUUUUAUUAUUAAAGAGUCUUCAGUUUUA